AGUCGAGAUGUAAUACGCUGUUUUAAUUUAUUUAUUUAUACGCUCUAACCACUGUGUUAGCCCGGCCAAGUACUCUUAGCCAUGGCAACAGCAAAGUCAGCAAAUCAUAGCGACUGUCUCUCCUAUUUGCAGACGCUCGGCGAUGCCACGCCCAAGGAGGUCGCCGACAAAUUGGCCGGUCAAAUAAAUAAGGAGGCCGACAAUCCGGACACAAGCAGCAUCAAUCAGGCUGCACUGAAUGUCAGCUUUCGCGUCUAUUAUCACAUCGUGCACAAAUACGAGCUGCCGGAUGAACACUUUGCAGAUUUGCCCCAGCUGCUGUCGGUUGAGGAGCCAAAGGCAUUCCUAAUGCUGCAGUCUGUGCUGCUUACAGAUCACUGGUCACGACUCGAUGCCCAGUUAAUUGAGGGCAAGUGUAUUGAUGCCAUUAUUGCUGCACUGCAGCAGAACAACAGUUGCCUAGUGCAUCAAUUAAAGGCCACCAAUCUGCUGGUGAAAAAGUUUCCCAAGCUUGAGUUGCUAAAGCUACAACUGGAGCAUUUCUACCACUGCCUGCAGCGUCAGAGCCAGGUAGGAUCUAGAGAGGAGACGCUGACGCUUUUUAAUCAUUGCUGCAAGCAGCAUCGUCGAGCGUUCUUUUACUUUCGCCUGAUUGUCGAGUUCUGGCCAUGGACGAAUCGCAACAAAUACUAUCUGCUCAGUGGCAUACUUAAUUCGCAUGCACUGCCAGAGCUUCUGGUCGCCAGCGGGCACAGCGAGACGGAAUUCUUUGCGGGACUUCGCCUGAGUCUUAGUUACAAGGGACUGCGGGCAGCCAGUCAGUAUCCUGUGAAGAGUCUGAGCAGCCAGAGGUCUCCAGCUCUGCUGUCAUUGGCUGUGGAGCUGCUGGUCAAUGGCAGCGUUGCCGAAAUACAAAACUUUCACUCACAGUGGUUUCUUCGCAUCCAACAGCGGGAUGCUCUCUUCCAAUUGCUGCAGGCAAAGCCGGAAAUUGUGGAAUUCCUUGCCAGCUCGGAAGCAGCUCGGCCCGCCAGCGAUCAGCAUCGUCUCAUACUGAUAUUCAGUAUGUUUGCUAAGGAAAUCUAUGUGACAUCCAAGCUACAUUUUUUCAAGAUCAGCACAGAACUCUUGACUAAUUGCAGCUGCUUCGAAACGGACGCACAACUCUUAAUCUUUAAGUUCCUAGUGGAUAAUCUGGGCAAUUUCGCCGUCGAGGAUUGUUUAGAGUUCUUCUACAACUUUAUGGAGCGUCAUCGCGGCGUGGAGAGCUCGGAGUUUCGCAACACAAUGCUCGGCAAGAUGCCCAACAUCAUCAAUCACACGGCAAAGCAUUUCAAUAAGGCAUUGAAAGCGGUUGGCAGCGAUGCACUUGCUCAGGAUAUAAAACGCUUCUUUUGCCAGUUGCAGCAACUGAUAGAACAGGACAUGCUUUGCGAUGUCUAUCAGCCCAGGAUCUUUGCACUCAAACUACUUGAGAUUCUACAGAAAUCCCUCUAUAGCACACAUGUCUCCAAGAAUGCCAAGAUGUGCAGCACCCAGCAGAACCAACAGCUUGGCGCCUUUCUCUUAGAUCAAGGCGUCUUUCGACCGCAUUCCAUGGCACAGUUGUUGUUCAACUCCCUCAACGAUCCCCAAGGAUUCGACGAUGCUUUGGAGCUGACGGUGUCGCUGCUGCUCCAACUGGGUCACGUGGAUAGCAAGCAGUGCAUUGAGCAUUGCCAAAGGUUCUGGUCCAGCUCCGAUGUGGAUGAAUGUGCGCUCGUCUCGCUCUACGCACAGCUGGCGGUGCGCAGCUCCUCGGAUCAGCAACAAAUCAAAGAUCUCUAUGAUCUUUGCCUGCAACAAUUGAACAGCAAAUUGGAGGCAUUCUCUACAGAUCCCCUACAAACGGCCAAAGCUGCUGGUGGUCAUCUCUUUGGACACAUAUGCGUCUUGGAUGAGCUGGUCAGCGGCGGUGGUGGCUAUCUGGGAGCAUCUAUUGUUGAUCUCUUGCCGCUGCUCGAACGCAUACUCAAUGUCAUUCUGGAGUUUCUGAAUCUGGCGAAUGCGAGGCGGGAGAAAUGCGCAGUUGCCACUGCAGCCAGUUUCCAGGAUAUGGACGAGAGCUUGCAACUGCUGGUCAGUGAGAGCGUCCAUGAAGCCACUGAGGAUGCCGAAACCUGUCGCAAGUAUUUGCUCAUGAGUUUCUGGCUUACUUUAAAGGCCUGUUGCGACUUGGCCACCAGUGUUGGCUGUGUACUGCUCCGCGAGAGUAAUCCUGAGCCGAACUAUGCUGCACUGCAGCGCUGCCUGGACAUUAAUGUGGCCGUGUUGACGCGUUGCCGGCACAAGGGCGCCAUUGAGGCAGCAGGAUUGAGCAUUGGCAAACUGACGCGUGCCAUGACCAAUCACAGUGAUCUUCAAGGGAUGCAGCUGCUGCACGAUUGCUUGGAACGCGAGCUGCUCUCCGAGUGCCGUCUGGUGAGCACCACACGACGUGGUGCGGGAUUCUCCAUCAUGUUUCUGCACGUGCUCAAGAACGAUAAUCCGCGUCGACAACUGCUGCAUCGCGCCGUGCAGCGCAUACUGAAGCGUCUCAAUGAAACCACACACAGUGAGGAAGCAUCCGGCAGCAAUAACCACGAUCGCUGGGAGGCUCUGGCGCUGCAUUAUCUCUGUGUGCUGGUGAGGGACACGGAAUUGCGGCCAGCAAUGUGCAAGUACUACAAUGAGAUAAUGCUGGUGGGCAUGGCGCACAUUGACAAUCCCGAGUGGACCAUUUCCAAUGCUGCACUGCAGCUCUUUGGCGCCAGUCUGGGCAAACUGGUGGGUCAGCGCCAGGCGACCGAAUUUGAGACGAAGCUGGCCUGGGAGCCCAGUGAGCUGAACUAUGAGGAGCUGGCCUGUCUGCUGCCCAAGGCAUGUGAGCAUAUGCUGCAGUGCUGCGAUACCGAGCAGGUCAACUCCUCCAUAAUACUCUUCCUGGGCUUUCUCUCCAAGGUGGAGCAUUUGUGCACCACAGGCCAGCGGCAACAGUCGAGCGAUCUGUUGCAGCGCUUCCGCCGGCUCAGCUGGCGUCUGUUGCGGCACAAAUGCGAGCAAGUGCGUCUCCUGGCCGCCAGGUGCUUUGUGCGUGCUCACGAGUUUCGCUGCGAUCUGCCAGCGGUGCUGCUGGCCAGCGCCAAAGUGGCAACACAGCUCCAGGAGGAUAACUUCUAUGAGGGACUGGUGUACACUCUGCACGCGGGCGUGCUCAAGCUGCAGCACGAGGCGCGUCACGUUUGGACGGCAGCAGAGAUGCAACGAUUCCAGCAGCAGCUGCUCAUCCAGUUGCAGGUGACGGAGCAAGUGAAACGCUUUAAAGCGUACACAUUGAAUGUGCUGCUCCAAUUGCUGCUGCUGCUGGAGGCCAAUGAGCAGGCGGCAAUGGUGCGACAGCUGCUGGAGAAGCGGGCCUAAUCUAACGCUAUUAUUUAUCUAAUCUAGCAUCUAGAUAACUAAGCCAAAAGUCAACUUGUAGUCUAUAAUUGUAACGCUUGCUUUUACAACAAACAAUUAAACGAAGCAUUUACUAUUUGUAGCAUUUACCCAAA